AUGGCAGGUCAAUUCCCCGUCUCCGACUUGCCAACAGACGCGAUUUCCGCUCUCCGGUUCUCACCACAUCCGAGCUCAGGACGCUUCGCGGUCGCUUCGUGGGACAAGCACGCGUACAUUUAUGAGGCCGUCGAUGGGAAGACCUGCAAUCAGGUAGCCAAGUUCGAGCAUCCUGCACCUGUCCUGGACGUUUGUUUUGGAAAGGAUGAUAAUGAGGUAUAUACGGCUUGCUUGGACCGGGAUGUGAGGAAGAUCGAUGUUACAUCUGGCUCACACACCGUCCUCAGCACUCAUGACAAUGGAGUCCGCUCGGUGGUCUACAGCCACGAGCACUCUCUGGUUGUCUCGGCCGCUUGGGACUCGACAGUGCACAUCCACCCUAGUGGGGAUGCGGAGUGGUCAACCGCCACCAUCAACCUACCCUCGAAGCCGUUCUCACUUGCUGUUUCCGCGUCAAAGCUGGUCGUGGCCAUGGCGAAUCGUGCGUUGCACAUCUACGAACUGAAGGCAUUGGCCAGCGAGUGUAAGAGUUCGGCGAACUCGUUACAGAACAGACUUGACAUCGAGCCAUGGCAGAGAAGAGAGAGCAGUCUAAAGUACAUGACGAGGGCAGUUGACUGCAUGCCGAAUGAUGAGGGCUACGCUUCAUCUAGCAUUGAAGGACGCGUUGCGGUCGAAUGGUUCGAUCCUUCGACCGAGUCGCAGUCCCGCAAAUAUGCCUUCAAAUGCCAUCGUCAACCUGUCGAUGAUGUUGAUGUUGUCUACCCUGUCAACGCAAUCGCAUUUCACCCGAUUCAUGGCACAUUCGCCACGGGUGGCGGUGAUGGAGUGGUCGCUAUCUGGGAUGCUGUCGCGAAACGAAGGAUCCGGAUCUAUCCCAAGCUGGCCUCAAGUGUUUCUGCGCUUUCUUUCAGCUCGAAUGGCAAGUACCUGGCCACGGCCAUCUCGCCCGGAUUCGAAGACGGCAAGGACGAUGUUUCCGAAGGGACGAUCGGGAUCUUCAUUCGCGAGCUCGGUGAAAACGAGGUGAAGAGGAAGGCCAAAUGA